AUGAGUAAGGGAACAAUGGAAAUGAGGAAAACCACUCAUGAACAUCCAUCAACCACAUUCUACCAACUGAAAGAUUGGAUUCAAUGGUUUCAUGAAGAAUUAGGGACUAUUUUAGGUGAGAGAGGUGUGGUCGAGUCUUUCCGUGCGGAAGAUCAACUCUUGAAAACAAGUACAACAACUUUGGAGAAUAGGAUCAAGAAAGGCUUGAUCAUGAUUCUUCAAGGAAUGAAUAUCCUUAUUCAAAAACAUCCAUUGGAAGGAGUGAUAUUGAAAGAACACGAAACAGUUCUGUUGAUAGAAGCCCUAUCAUGCAUCUAUGAAGAGAAGGGAACGCUGUUUCAGUAUAUUUCUCAUCAUUGCCAACACUCGGUGAGAGAGGCUCUGCUGAAAUUAGAGAGUUGUCUUUCCGAAUUGGUUUUCAAUGAAAACAAAAGCCACCAUGACUAUGAACUAGUUGCUCAAUUUUCUCAAUUCUGCAUGAUGGCCUUGAUGUUCCGAUUGCAGAAUUAUGAUUUGUUAAUGAUGCAGCCUCAAUCCUUUGAGGAGUUGGCUUGCCGUUUAAAGGACAUCUUUAUCAAACCUGACACGCAAAAGGAGAGGAUGUUGAGCUAUUUGCUGGAUCCUUUGUUCAAAGAGAUCGAUGAAGGUGGAAACUUUUCUUCCAUGCAAAUAGGAUCUAUGGCAGAAAAUGUAAGACGUCGAUGUUGCAUUCUCAGACAUCUUUCUCUCCAAAGCAAAGACUCACAACUCAAGCUGGAGUUAAUCUUUGGGGGUUUGCAAAGCUAUAUCACACCUCAAGUGAUAUUUCAUGAGAGCAUGAGAAGAAAUUUGGAACAAGCAAUUCAGGCGUUCUUUGAACCAUUGUCAAUGGCAAACCUCAGUCAUCAUGCUCUUAUUGAGACUGUGGAGGGAAUGAAGAAGAAAGUGUUUUUGAUAAUUAUCCAAAUUGUGGCUACGUGCUCUGAAGAGGAUAUGCGUGUUGUGGCUGGAAAUUUGGAAUCCGUGUCACGAAAUCCAUCACCGUCAUUGAAUCGUUCAACUACAGCAAAUGGGAAACCAAGAAAGAAGAAACAAAAGCAAACAGGAGCUUUAUCCGACCAUUCGGUUUCACAACAACAAGAUGCACCGAGCAAUGUAUUGAGCCACAUGAUUGACGCAUUGCUAAACGUGCUAGGAUGCAACGUGGUUUUUACUCAAAAACUACUAAACGAUGUCUUUGCCAUAAUCAAAAUAUUAGCCACUUCGAGAAAUAAUAAGCAAAGAAUUGAAUUAUUGUUGAGAGUGAUGGAGUCUCUUCGAAAACAUUUAAUGCCUAUCAAUUCAGACGACAAUCAACCAGAACGCAACUCUCAAAAGCAGCAGCAACACUUGCAAUACGGUCUAUUCAUCCGCUCGGCAUUUUGUUUGGACGAAAACAAUCACUUGGAGUCUUUUGAAAUGUGA